AUGAAGUCCUGUGGAUAUUUUGCUCUGUUCUUUCUCCUGCUGCUCCUUGGGAUUAUAAUUCCAAGUAACCUCAUUGUCGGACAACCCACUCCUACUGCAACCGUUCCCUUUCCGUUGGUUACAACUCGAUAUCAUGUCGUUGAACGUCUGAAUGUGCGCACAAGCCGUAACAUAUCAAUCGUUAAGCAAAGGCUACAACAACAACUUGGUAAUCUCACAUCGCCAGCUCUACUAUCCGCAGCCGCCGACUCGCAAGCAAAUUACACUGCAGCGGUUAAUCGAUAUCGAGGCCCCUCCGGGUACAUUUGGUUCCAGACGAUUCUCCAUGGAAGGUGGUUUAGAUUGUGGGGAUUUGCUGAUACCACCGCCUAUGUUCCUAAGGAUAUGACCCAGUACACCAUUGGAAAUCCCUUGGAUCUGCUCGCCUCGGCCCGUUACACGGUAGACGCGUUUUUGGAUUCACCAAUUCGGCUUCUGGUUAUUGAUACAGCCGACGGAGCUGUCCAUGCUAGUGAACUGGAUUGCUUUCGGGUAGAAAGCUUCAAGAAUCCGAAGUCACUGCCACCACCAUCACCAUCAUCAGCCAUUGUAUCAGCAGCUUCGCCUCUAGACUGCUAA